AUGACGUCUGCAAACACCGGCUGCCAAGAUUCUAGUCGUCCGUUAUACAGCGAAUGUGAUCCUGAGACUGAUGACAGUGCUGAUUGGAAGGAGACCAGAGAACCUCAGUCAGCUUUAAACUCUCUGAAACAUGAUUCAAGACGUAAGAAAACAUUCAGCUGCUCUGAGUGUGGGAAAAGUUUUUGCUUCAAGACACAUCUGAAGAAACACAUGAUGACUCACACAGGACAGAAGCCUUUCAGCUGCUCCGUCUGUAAGAAAUCUUUUACACAGAGAGGAAGUUUACAGAAUCACAUGAGAAUCCACACAGGGGAGAAGCCUUUCAGCUGCUCUGAGUGUGGUAAAGCUUUCAUUGAACGUGGAAACCUGAAGAGACACAUGAUAACUCACACAGGAGAGAAACCUUUUAGCUGCUCAGUUUGUAAUAAAUCUUUUACACAGAGUGAAAAUUUACGGUCACACAUGAGAAUCCACACAGGAGAAACUCCUUUCAGCUGUUUAGUUUGUAAUAAAUCUUUUACUUUGAAUGGAUGUUUACAGAAACACAUGAGAACUCACACAGGAAAGAAGCCUUUCAGCUGCUCUGAGUGUGGUAAAGCUUUCACUGUUAGUGGAACCCUGAAGACCCACAUGAUGACUCAUUCUGGAGAAAAACCUUUCAGCUGCUCGGUCUGUAAGAAAUCUUUGACACACAGUGGAGCUUUAAAGAUGCACAUGAGAACUCACACAGGAGAAAAACCUUUCAGCUGCUCAGUCUGUAAGAAAUAUUUUACACAGAGAGGAAGUUUACAGCAACACAUGGUUGUCCACACAGGAGAGAAAAGAUUCAGCUGCAGUGUUUGUAACAAAAGAUUUUUCCGGCGUUCUGAUGUCAAAACACAUAAAUGUGUUGGUCCGAUGGAAACAGAAGCUGAUGGAGAGGACUGUGAUGUGCAGCAGCUGUUGGUGGUUAAAGAAGAGGUCCCCCCUAAGCAGCAGGACCAGCAGGGAGCCAGAGCCCCGACCCAUUAA